AUGGAAGGAUUUAACCAGUUUGUAGGCUCGACUUUGAUCAAAGCUCUUAGAGAACUACCAAGCUUGACUAUGUUACCACUCACUCCUCCUCCAAGAUUGAUAGGGGAAUUGCCACGUCAACUCUUCAUACUCGCUGCGCCCAUUAAACUUGCUAUCCAAGCUGUUUCGCUUCUCUGGGCGCUCUUAUUCAAGAUGCCAACACCCGAGUACAUACUGGUUCAGAACCCACCCUCAAUCCCUACCCUGGUGCUAGUCCAGCUUGUAUGCUGGCUUCGUGGAUGUAAACUUGUUAUCGACUGGCAUAACCUAGGCUACAGCAUUUUGGCUCUGCGACUGGGAGAAAAGCACAGAUUAGUAAAAGUAGCCAAGCUCAUCGAGCGAAUAUUUGGGAGACGAGCCUUUCUGCAUCUCUUUGUCACGGACGCAAUGAAGAAAAAACUUGUGCAAGAAUGGAAUUUGGAGGGGCAAACCUUGACACUACACGAUCGACCUCCAUCCCAUUUCAGACGUUCUACCCCAGUCGAAACACACGAUGCUUCAACCAAGUUUCCCGGCUUCAGUCCGGUCUUUCUUACCAAGCUUCCACCCACCCAUCACAUCUGGAAUAGUAUUACGCGAGGACCGCCCGCGCUCAUUGUAAGCAGCACUUCCUGGACACCAGACGAAGACUUCUCGCUUUUCCUUGAGAUGCUCAAGCAAUAUGAACACCGCGCCAGGCAGGGUGGACUGCCCAAACUCCUUGCACUCAUCACUGGAAAGGGACCUUUGAGAGAUUAUUACAUGAAAGAGAUCUCUAGACUCGAAAAGGUUGAUGAAUGGGAAUGGGUUAGAUGCGUCAGCGUUUGGCUCGAGCCAGAGGACUACCCAGUGCUUCUUGGUUCGGCCGAUUUGGGUGUAUCUCUGCAUAGUUCGUCUUCCGGUUUGGAUUUACCGAUGAAAGUAGUAGACAUGUUUGGCUGUUCUCUGCCUGUUUGUGCCCUUGACUUUGAAUGUCUCGAUGAAUUGGUCAAAGACGGUGUAAAUGGUCUUACCUUCAAGACUGCAGAUGAGCUGAUAGAUCAAGUCCAAAAAUUAUUCUCAAACUUCCCAGACACUAACCAGCUGGACGUGAUACGGCAAAGUCUCAAAAAAGAACCCGUAUAUCGACCCCUUCCUCGAUUUCAGAUGACGAUCGUUCGCAAUGGAACGACUGGACAGACAACUGGAACACAUUUGUCCGGCCAGUACUACUGCACGAUCUUACCCAUACAGCACGGCACGCUUUAA